AUGUCUUCCGAAAUCAUGACAUCGAAAGACGCUAGAACCAUGGGAGAGGAAAAGAAAUUGAAGGUUUUGAUUGUGGGUGCGGGGAUAGUGGGAUUGACGUUGGCGCAGGGGUGUAGGGAGAAUGGAAUUGAGUUUGAGAUUGUGGAGAGGGAUGAGAAGGGGAAGAGGGCGCAGGGGUGGGCAAUUACUUUGCAUUGGUGUUUGAGAAGUUUGGAAAGAACAAUUGGGGAGAAAUUAUCGGAGCUGAUACCUAUGGCAGCAGUAGAUCCAGCUCUCAACGAUGACGAUGGAAAUUUUCUAUUCCUCAACGCUCGAACAGCGGAACCGCGCUACAAGAUCCCACCUAGUAAAUUACGUCGACGUCUAGAUCGUCAAAAGAUUCGCAAUUUACUUGCCACCGAUCUCGAUAUCCAUGAAAGAAAAGGACUUGUAAAACUUGUACCGGCUACUGAUUCUGAUCUCGUGACUGCGCAAUUUUCAGACGGGACGGAAAGUAGUGCCACAUUGAUUGUGGGUGCUGAUGGAAAUAAUAGUGUUACCAGAAAGUGUUUGUUUAAUGGAGGACCGGACUACGAGCUGACGAAACUCCCUGUUUAUUGUCUGGGUCUCGUGAGACCUUUUACUGAGGAACAGAUUACAUCUGUUAGAGCCAUUGAUCCAUUAUUAUUCCAGGGAUUGGAUCCGGAGACUGGGACUUUUAUGUGGUAUAGUUUGCAAGGGAUAAUACCAAAUCCCGAUGGUAGUAAGUCAUACAUGGGAUUGGUGGUUAUUUCCUGGUUGAUUAAAGAUGAGAUUGCGGAUGCGAUGCCCAAGACGGAUAGGGAGAGGGUGGCUUAUGUCAAGAAGAGGGCGGAAGGAUAUGCGGAACCGUUGAGGAGUAUUGUGCAAGAUAUUCCGGAAGAUAUUACCACGACACCGUUGAGAUUGAGUGAUUGGCCUUGUAUGGAAUGGGAUAAUUGGGGUGGAAAGGUUACUUUGGUGGGGGAUGCCGCGCAUGCUAUGACUAUGUAUCGAGGUGAAGGUGCAAACCACGGCAUUCUAGACGCAGCCCUUCUAAUUGACCAAUUGAAAAAGGUCAAAUCAGGAGAAAUAACUCAAAAGGAAGCAAUCGCUGCAUAUGAAGCAGAGAUGAGACCAAGAACUCACGAGGCUGUCUUAAAAAGUAGACAAGCAGCAUUGGAUGCCCAUGAUUGGGAAGUGCUGACUGAAAAUUCUCCUAUUAUUGGGGGAAGAUUCGCUCCUAAGACUGCUUUUAUUUGA